CGCUAUAAAUAGCACUGUACCUAACUGGAAUAAUGGCUGGUUUGUCUUGUGCGAGAGCUGUUGUAGUUAAGUAGUGGCAGUUGUCGUUUUUCUGGAUACCUUCUCUUGAUUCCUCUACAACAUUUCCAAAUCUUAAGGACCUAUUUAUAACAUAUACAUAAUAGUUCAGCAUGAAUUGGACAUCUUGUCAAUAAUUGCUAGGCCCAUGUAGAUUUUUAACACAGGCACAAGGCAUCUGGGAGUGAAGUUUGAACAAGUCUUACGAGGUUUCCCCCCUCUCUAACUCGAAGGUACUGGAUAGGCUUGGGUGUUGAUAGUUUGAACAAUACCAAGUCCAUCAAUUUAUUCAGUUAGUAUAGGUAAAACAACAAAAUGGCACAGGGUCGCCCAAUCAAGUGUGUCGUUGUUGGCGACGGAACUGUAGGCAAGACAUGUAUGCUGAUAUCAUAUACCACAGACAGCUUUCCUGGUGAAUAUGUACCUACUGUAUUUGAUAAUUACACAGCCAACAUGAUGGUUGAUCUGAUACCAGUAAGCCUGGGCCUCUGGGAUACAGCAGGUCAAGAGGACUACGACCGCCUACGACCCCUUUCCUAUCCACAGACUGAUGUAUUUUUGAUAUGCUUCAGUGUUGUUAGCCCGUCUUCACAUGAAAAUGUUCUAACUAAAUGGCACCCAGAGAUUAAACACCAUUGUCCAGAUGCACCAAUCAUAUUGGUUGGUACAAAAAUAGAUUUACGGGAGAAUAAAGAAGCAAUAGGGACUCUAGCUUCACAGGGUUUAUCUCCGAUUAAAAGGGAACAGGGAAUCAAGAUGGCUAACAAGGUCCGGGCUGUGAAAUACAUGGAGUGUUCAGCACUUACGCAGAGGGGACUCAAGCAGGUGUUUGAAGAAGCAGUCAGAGCAGUUUUGCAACCACAACCUCCUAGGAAACCAAGAACCAAAUGUCAGCUUCUGUAAUAUUCAUUCUUUGUUUUCAUCAUCAAAACUCACUCAUCUUUUUCUGGAAUUCCGUGACAAGAUGGAUCAUCGGAUCUGCUCAGUUCCCUACUUAAAUAGACCAGCAAAGCAGACAUUGUUUAAAAUGAAACAAAAAAAAAUUAACAAAAAAUAACAAAAAAAUAGAACAAAUGAAAUAAACAAAGCAAACAAAAACACCCAAAAAAAUGAGGAGGCUCCUGUUGCCUUGUCGAAGUUUAUUAUUAUUAUUAUUAUUAUUAUUAUUAUUAUUUUCUUUUUUUAUGCAUAAAAUGCAUUGGCAACGAUUUUGAAUAUUUUCUCGACUAACAGUUUGGCUAGAGAUUUAUUUAUAUACACACAAACACACACACAAAUACAAAUAUAUAUAUAUAUAUAUAUGUGUGUGUGGAUAUGUAUCUAUAUAUGUGUGUACAUACAUACAAACAUAACUAUAUAUGUGUAUAUAUAUACAUAAAUAUAUUUGUAUUGAUAUAAAUAUCAAUGUGUGUACACACACACACAUAUAUAUAUAUGUAUAUAUAAAUGACUGUGUGUGUGUGUGUAUUAUAUAUACACACCCACACACUCAUGUAUGUGUGUGUGUCUGCAUAUAUAUAUGUAUAUGUGUGUGUAUGUAUGUAUGUAUGUAUAAAUCUAUAGGUGUAUGUACACAUAUGUUUGUAUUUAUACAGGUACACACACACGCACACACACACAAAUAUGUAUGUAUGCUGGGCCAUCUAGAAUAAAGAACUGAAGGAUAAGUCUGAGAAAGAAUAAACAUUUAAUCCAUAAUGUUAGUCCAACAAAAUGUCCCGAAGAACUAUAGGUGAAACAAAAUAUAUUUUGUCUGACUAAUGAUUAUAGAUUAGAUAUUUAUAUGCACACACACAUAUUUGCAUAUGCGUAUGUGUAUAUAUAUAUAUAUAUAUAUAUAUAUAUAUAUAUAUAUAUAUACAUGUUUGUAUGUAUAUACAUAAUCAAGCCCAAGCCAGCAUAGAGAAACAGAUGUUAAAUGUUGAUGAUGAUGAUACAUACAUACAGUUUAAUAUAUAUAUUUACAUGU